CUUGCUGUCUGCUGAAUGCCGGCCCAUCGUCGCAUGAUCAAGAGGGGACAUCGUCAAUCAGCAUCAGUCAAGUCCUGAUCCCCGGACGCUCCUUGCUCGCCUUUCCCUUCUCUCGCAACCCGAAGAAACCACUAAGGAUCAUGGGCAGCUUUUGAUAGCUGGACUGCGGAGGAGAUACAUUGAACAAGCAAGAUGGACUCUCUGAGUCGCCUCCGAGACUCUCUGGACUCGGGCCCAACCUCAGAAUCAGGCUCACAAGCAAAGCUACUUUCCGACUUUAAAUCUGCCGCCCUGCACCUCACAGCUUUGUACCGGACAUCGCUGAGCUCAAGCAAGGACUCCUUUCGGGAAGGCUACAUCGCUGCUCUUAAUGACCUGCUCCUCACUCUCGGCGAACGAAGGCGGGUCAGUGGCACUGCAGGCUCGAGUCGCUCGCAUGCAAGCAACAGAGGCAACAGAGGCACCAGGGAGUCCCCCGAGGACCAACUCCAAUGGUUCGAGCGUUAUUUGAUCGGACGUCUCGAAGCUAUCAAUGAGGAAAAUGACAGCGGCGGUGCGGAAGAAGAAAAUGCACAGAUGGAGGCAUCUCACGACAGUAGCUCAUUUCCCCGCCGGCCUGCGGUGCUGAGAAGCAACAGCACUGAUGCGCGGAUUCGCGCCUCAUCAACGUCUUUCUCGCAGCCUGAGGUAGCUGCCGAGCCUUCGUCACCGGUCCCAUCUCUCGCUCCACUGCAAAUGGCCGAUCUUUCCGAGCGACCGAACACACGCUUGAGGACUAGGCAGCAGACCAGCAGCCAAGAGCCUGUAGAGACCCGUCAGCACCCGCCUGACCAGCAAAGUCCCCAAGACGUAAGAACAAGUGCCACCACUUCCACUCCCAGCGUCCUUACAAGCACUUCGGUUCGACCAAGUUCAGGAACAUCAGCAGUGGAUGCUCCACAUGCUCUUCCUGGCGAAGCUCGUCACCAACAGGAAACUUUUGCGCGUGUACCAACUUCGCCUUUCACAUUCGUCGCGAUGCCGCGGCAAUCUCAUGCUUCUCAAUUGACGGUCACUCGAGCUGAACUGCAUCAGCAGCCUAAUUCCCCUGCCAUAGCCUGGGAGUCAGCAGCAUCUCGAGGUGAAGUGAUUGCUAAUCGACCCCGUUCCGAUAUGCAGGAUGCAGAGAUGGAAGCUACGCUCGAUGCGCAACGCGUCCUUCCUGGUUCUGGAAAUCGUCGUUCGGCGCCGGCUGAUGCUGCAGAGAUGCUGCUGUCAGGCGGACUGGCGAUGCUGGGCAAUGGCAACGGGCCAGGUGCUACGCCCCAAGAGCGAAAGCGGCAGCGAGUGGAGACUGAAAAGAAAACGCAGCCCUGGAAGGACCAGCAUGGCGGUCAUCGGCGCAGAAGGGACCGCGAUCGUGAUCAUCGCAGGGAGUAGACACCUGCCAGGCCGGCCUCAUCAUCAAUCUUAUCUGUAUACUUAGCAACAGCUUGCAUCGCAGUACCAUUCGAGCCAUUUCGGCUUCUCGUCAUCCGCCAAAAAACCAUCGCUCGCCUAGAGAGACGUGCACACCACGCUGGCUUCGUGCAGCAACUGGCCCAUAGACUGUUCUAGCAUGCGCCUACGGAAGCAGCACUGGUCAUGAUCUGAUGGGUGUGGUCGAAGGAAAGGUCAGAUCACGAAGCAAAUUCUCUUCAGAAUGCUUGCUUCGAGAGUUUCGUGUCAUGCAUAAAUAUGUGCCACUUGCUGAACGCAAUCUUGUUGUACGAAGUCUGCAAAUCACCUUUGAAGCGCA